ACUCGUCCAUCACUAAAAUUUAGUCCCAUACAUUGUGUUCCUGCCGUAUUCAAUGUGGUUACAGUACGCUAUUUACAUUUUUUGACAACUCUUUAUGAUAACAAAAUAUAUUAAGACCAUAAGCGACUUAUAAUCUUUCCAUAUAUCCACUGCCAGAAUAACUUUUGAAUCUGGCAAAUGUAUACUCUAACCGAUAAUAAUACAUAACUUUUUGCGCCGACGCAAUAUUUUGAUUCCAGAUGUGGACAGGAAAUGUCAAAAAGAAUUUUGUAUAUUUGGACAAUUUAUUAAUACAUCUUGGCAGUGAGAAGCUUGAGUGGUCACUAGAGAAUUAAGAACUUGCAAAAUAAAGCAAAAAAAGGAAAAAUAUAUGUUAAACGUAAGCGUUAACCCGCAUAGUUGAACAAAUGGAAAUUGAUUCCUCUGAGAGGACGAGCGCGCAAUUCACAAAUAUAACCAUCCAAGAAGAUUUCAUUGAAGCUGAGUCAACAGAAGACCGUAUUAUUACAGGAAGUACUAAAAGGCGAAAGUAUAGCUUUGUAUGGCAGUAUUUCCGCCCUUUAGGAAGUAGUAGUGGCGGCUCACUAGAGUGCAUUAUAUGUGCCAGCAGUGUUAGCAAUCAAACUAGUAAUUUGGCCCGCCAUUUAUUUGCAGCCCAUGAUAUAAACAGACAAACACAUCACGGUGAAGGGGAUAGCCAAGAUCUUGCACCUAAUAGUGCACUCGGUCGGACAAGUCGGAGUUUUAUAUGGAAAUAUUGUACUAAGGAAGACUGCAGAUACGCGCGCUGUCAUUUGUGCAAUAAGCUACUCUAUUUCGGUGGUGGAAAUACCGCGAAUAUAACCAAACAUCUACGUCGUAAACAUUCGGGAGCAAUUAAUUCGCACGAAUUGGGAGGUUCAAAAGACAUGGAGGAUUCGGAAGAAUUCGUGGCUGAGAUGUCCAAUCAAAUGGACUCGACCAUGAACAAUUUAGAAGACGAGGUUACUAAAAUGAAAGGCGAAAAUCAUUCUGAUGUAAGGCUACGAAAGGAACGCAAAGGAAGCAGUUAUGUUUGGAAUUAUUGUGAUAAACUUUCAAGGCACACAAUUCGUUGUAAACUUUGUAAGAAAGUAAUGAGUUUCCAUGGCACUGCAAAUGUAAUAACACAUUUGCAACGCCGACAUAAUAUUGUUGGACGGGUGGAAAACGAAGCGGCAAUAUUAAAUAAUUUUGCCGAUGAAGACAAUGGGAUGAUUGAUGUUAAGGAUGAGCCUGAGUCAAUUGUUCAUAGGCGCAGACGGUCGUCAGCGGCCACGAGCAUUGUUUGGAAAUAUUGUACACGGCUUGGACAAGAUGUUGUGCGUUGCAGCUUUUGCAAAAAAAAUCUAUCCUUUCAAGGCACAAGUAAUUUACAACGUCAUUUACAUCGUAUGCAUGGUAUUGUUACGCAAGGUCGUGGAUUCGGGGAACUGGAGCAAGAAUCAUUAGAUAUUGACGACAACUUUAUAUGGGAGCAUUGUGAGCAUACGGAUGAUGGAAAAAUUAAAUGCAAUAUGUGCAACAACACGUUUGAUGAAAAAGGUUUCGAAGAAAUUCGCAAACAUCUUACAGUAACACACGCAGUCCUCUCGAGCCCCCCGGCGAAACGUCAUAGACGACGGCGCCGAAAUCUACCCGAGGAAACUUGUGACGAAACCGAUGAAUAUGAAUACGAUAACGAUGAUGACAAUUGGCAAGAGGUAAAUGAGGAAUAUACGAUAGAAUACAAUGAUGCAAGUGUGAAGAAAGAUCAACCCACGUUUGAAGAUAUAAUAGAGGAAGAUCAUGCGGGACAAAUUAAUGGUGAUGAGGACCCUUUCGAUCCUAACGUGAUGCACAAUUACCCUGUGGCGCGGCCUUUAUCUGCAUCUUCAAGCCAUGAAGCAACGCCAGAUCGAUUUUUGAAAAUAUCGGCAGAUACUAACCGACUACGUAAAUUGAAUGAAGAACGAUUACGUAUGGAAACCGAGUACUUCCGUGAAAAAGCGGGCUAUUACCGUAUGCAAAAAUAUUUUACUGCAUUGCAGGCUAAAAAAGUCAGACUCGAGUUGGAUCGCUUACAAAACUCAAGUCCAAAUGGCACCGCUUACAAUGUUAAUACAGACAUGCCAGAAGUGCGCACUUCCACAGCUACCAUUUAUAAUAAUCAGAAAAAAUAACGAAUGAGAC